ACCAAUGACGUCACUUCCCAGUCAAACGUGGCGGCCGACAGUGCGACAGAGAAGGGAAGGAGUGGCCGUGGCGAUUUGUCAUAACUUUUCACCCGAACAAAUCUACGAAUUUUUCAGUUUUAUGAACCAUUUUCGAGUGUACUAACGAGUGUUACAGGUGACAAGUUUAUCAUUACCAAGGGGAUUAUCAGCAUUUCGCCGUUACAAUGUCGUCCUCGGGUGAUUUUGGAAACCCAUUGCGUAAAUUCAAGCUCGUUUUUCUGGGCGAACAGAGUGUUGGAAAAACAUCGCUCAUCACACGAUUUAUGUAUGACAGCUUUGACAACACGUAUCAGGCUACCAUAGGCAUAGACUUUUUGAGUAAAACUAUGUAUCUCGAGGAUAGGACUGUUAGAUUACAAUUGUGGGACACUGCUGGACAAGAACGAUUCCGUUCACUCAUUCCUAGUUACAUCAGGGACUCGACCGUUGCUGUUGUGGUUUAUGAUAUUACCAGCGCUAAUUCAUUCCAUCAAACGUCAAAAUGGAUUGACGACGUGCGAACAGAGCGGGGUAGUGAUGUUAUCAUUAUGCUAGUUGGGAAUAAAACAGACUUAAGUGAUAAACGACAAGUAUCGAUGGAAGAUGGUGAGCGCAAAGCCAAGGAGUUGAAUGUUAUGUUUAUUGAGACAAGUGCUAAGGCAGGAUACAACGUCAAACAGCUGUUCAGAAGAGUGGCUGCUGCUCUGCCUGGUAUGGACUCGACAGAAAAUAAACCACCAGAAGACACUGUCGACUUGCAGAAUCAAUCACCGAUGCAGAAUGGAUCGGAGUCGGAGGGGGAGAGUGGCUGCAUUUGCUAGGAAGACAAUGCUCUCGACUGUGCCCAUUAACGAACAAAUAACAAAGAAUGAACAAAAGAAAGAAUACAACCUACUGGCAAAACGUCAAUUCUCGUGUGACGUAAUGAAAAUAAAUUUCAUUUUUUUUUGUCUCGAGGAGAGGAAUCUGUAGCUGACGGGUGAUGGCGAGAAGUCGUUGAGAAAUUGAGAAAAUAAAUUGAUGGUCCACACAUCCGACGACUGUGGAAAGUAGAGAAUUAAUUAUCGUUUAAGUGUGCUUGUACUGUUUUUUAGCAAUGUGAGAAAAUGAGGGAGACAUUUGACAUGAAAAUUGUGCGAUUCUGUUCGUGAUUGAGGAGAAUAGAGAGAUGAGGGGAUGGAAACUUCGAUUAGAUAUCGAAAUAAUACACGUGAAUGUUAACAAUUAAGAAACAAAAUCAACACGCCCUUUCGAGACAAUUAUCAAUUCCAAUUGAUUUUUUCCCCACAACUUUUUAUUUCAUUUAACUUGUGCAAGAUUAUCGUGGGUCUAUUGGUAAAUAUUUUAUACCAAAUUUAUUAGGAAAAAUAAUCUUUUAAUUUCUCAUCAUUCCGAAAUCUCUGACUCCACUCAAUUCAUCCCUUCGCCCCUCAAUCCUCCGACAUCUUUGAAAUUGAUAAUGAAAGCACUGUGAUACAAUUGUCUUUGGAACGAUAGAGACCACCCAUUUGAUACAUGAAUUCGCUCGGUUGAAAUUCUUUUCUCUAUGAAAUCGCUUCGUGUGUAUCUUAUGAUUCUCUUUUGAUUUUCAAUCCAUCACGCACGAAAAAAAAUUGAAUUGUUCGCGAAUUCGCUAAAUGCUUGUCUAGACUUUUUCGUACGCGAUCUGUCCAUGUAUUUUCGCUAGACACCGGUCAAUGCAAUGUCCCUUUGAUUACCGAAUAAUUCUCAUGAUUAAACAUUCCUGCAAUUCCGUGCUUUAUCGUUCCAAAAGUAUCUUCACUCGGUGACUGCUGCUUCGUGCUCUCAGGCAGGCUGAGCACACCGACAACAAAUUGUACGAUCUCGCACGCGAAUUAUAUUACACUGUGCAAAAUAAAAAAGCGUAUUUAUGGGGGAAUAUGAGAAGAGAGAUUAAUGAUAAAUAAACGCUUUCGAAGGAUCACUUGAGCCCCAAGUAAUUCUUCAAUUGAGGGGAAUAAAGGGGAACAAUGUUAAUGGAAAUCAAGCAAUUAUUAGUCCUCAAUUACUCUUAUGAGUCCGUUGAUUUUUUCAUUUAUUUAAUAGAAAUAUUAAAUUUCGUUUUAAUAAAAAAGAAUCAUUUUGUUUUGUUGAACAUUUUUAUCUGAAAGAAUAGCGAUAUUUUUUUCGCACCAGUUUAUGUUCCAUGAAGAUCCCUUAAUUCCUCUCAAUUCCAGAAUUGUUACGUUUAAUCUAAGAGACUGAAUGUUUUUUCGUACUUUCAUCACGCCAAUAUCUAAGAGUAGUGAAUAGAAAUGAAAAUUGGGCUGUAAAGAAACAGCGAUGAUUCAAUUACCCGGAUAAUUGCACUCAUUUUAAUGAAAUGAGGCAAAUCAUUUGGUUUUCCAAAUUGAGAGAGUUGUUGAAAAUUUUUAUUAUUGAAAGAAAAUGCAAAUUGCCUGUGUGUGAUGUUGGCUUAACGAUGUGAGACAGACGAAACACCAAUUUGCUUUAAUCUCAGUCGAAAAAAAUGGCACUCUUUUUGCGCUAGACAGCGAUGAUGAGAGAAACGGAAAAUUGUCUUCGAGUUCUUAUUUAUAAUAAUAGUAAUAAUAUGAAAAUAUUUAUUUCACUUAGCCUGAAUUUUUUUGCGGAUUUAUUUGAAAUUCUGUGAUUUUGCAGUGCAAUUUUUCAACAGAUAUUCAAUAAAAAAGUCAAUCGAUGUUAAUUUCAAGAAAUUAUUCAAUAACAACGGCUAUAACAAUUCUUGAAAUUCUAGGAAACAAAAUUGUGAUCUACUGACUUUUUCCGUUCAAUAUCUGUUGAAUAUUUCUGAACAAAUAAUGCAAAAUUGUCGAUUGAAAUUGAAAAAAUUAAUAGCUUUCAAUGGAAGCUGCAAGGAAUUUUUAAGCGAAAUAUUUUCCAUACGUGUGUUCAUUUUGUACGGACCUUUGGAAGAAUUCUCCACGAUCUGGUGAAUUCGACGCACAUUUUGACCUCUCCGGCAAAUUAAAAAUCGACGAACCCUGUUAUCAUUUGUAUUAACAUAGUAGGAAUAGACCUUGCAGAAAAAACGAAAGGAAAAACAUAAAAAAAACUAGGGGGUAUUCUUUAGCUUGGAAGCUGCAUAGUUGUAGCACACGCAUUAAGCCACUUGAAACAACCUCAUUACUGUUUCAUCGUCUAUCGAAAAAGAAUGGAAAGAAUUUCAUUUAUUACUUCUGAAAAAUUCAAACAGGAAUUGUAUGUCGCAUUAAACCAAAUAAAAGAAAAAAACAGUGAAAAACCGUA